AUGUCCAACAUCAUUCACAAGGUCAAGGAUGCCGUCACUGGCCACAAGGACUCUCAUGACUCCAAGACACAUGGUACCAACGACACCUACGGCUCCACCCAGAGUGGCAACGAAUACUCUACCCACAACACCCACAACACCGGCUCUUCCACAGGAGCUGGUUAUGGAGGAAGCAGUGGCCUCAACUCUGGCCCAGGCUAUGAGACUGGUACUCACGGCUCCACUGGAUACGGCGCUGGCGCUGGCACCGGUUUGAACUCGGGUUCCGGCUACGAGACUGGUUCCCACGGAACUCAUGGAACUUCCGGCUACGGCGGUAACACCCACGGUUCCUCCACUGGCGCUGGCUUUGGCGGCUCCGAUACCUACGGCUCCAACACCGGCAGCUAUGGCUCCGGCAACAUCAAUGCCGGUCCCCACGACUCCAAGCUGGCUAACAAGGCCGACCCUCGCGUAGACAGCGAUCGUGACCACCGUGGAAACCACGGAACCACGGGCUCCCAAUUCUCUGGCGGCGGCCUAGGCAACACCUCGUCCACCGGCCACUCGGGAUACGGCUCUAGCAACCCCGUCUCUGGCAGCGGCGCAUACGGUGGCUCCACUGGCCACAGCACUGGCCACAGCACCGGCCACUCCACCGGCCAGCACGGCUACGGCUCCAACCCAAUUUCCGGCAGUGACAACUACGGCAGCACCGGCUCCAACCCUAUCUCUGGUAGCGGCGCAUACGGUGGUUCCACUGGCCACACCACCGGUCACUCUACCGGACAGCACGGCUACAGCUCCAACCCCAUCUCCGGCAGCGACAACUACGGCUCCACUGGCCACUCGACCGGUCAACACGGCUAUGGCUCCAACCCCAUCUCGGGCGGUGACACCUACGGUUCCACCGGCCACAGCACCGGCUCGCACAACACCCACGGCUACGGCGAUCACACAACCGCUGGCAGCAGCUACAACGAGAACACCUCGAAGACCGGCAAGACCACUGGUCCCCAUGGCUCUGAUCUCUUGAACAAGCUUGAUCCCCGAGUUGAUGAGAAGAGCAACCCUGUCCACAACCAGCGCAGUGGAUACUAG